AAGUUUUUUACCUCGGAUUUUUCAUGUCGUCUCGCCAUGAAAGUGUUUCCCGUGUGAGGUCUGGUUUCGGUUUCGGAACGAAUGGGUCGAUAGACUGUUCUGAAAUUCUGUUACGUUGCUCUGUCAUGUGUUUUGUAGUUCACUUGUUUAAUAAUUCGAUGAUAUUAAAAAGUGCGUAAUAGACACCAGGCUGCACUCGGCUAAAUUGCUAUGGCUCCCCCGGACUGUCGAGCCCUUCUGCAGCGGUUUCACGGCCUGCAGGCCGAGCGCGUGGAAGCCUACAGGCUCUUCGAGGAGGGCCACGAGGCGUACCUGAGGACGGGGCCACACUAUGACUUCCAGCACUACAAGCAGCUGGUGCACGAGAUCACCCAGGCCUUCCGCGGGAUUUCCCAGGAGAUCCUGGGGAUCAAGGAGCGGCUGCACCAGGAAUUCGACCGGCCGGACCUGUCGGAGCACAUCGAAAAGCUGCAGGCCAAGGAGAAGCAGAAGCUGGAGCUGACUGCUAAGCUUCAACUGGCGAAACAAAAUGCCCAAGACCACCCUGAGGACGAAAACUGCCAGGAGACAGUACAGGAGCUCAGGCAUAAGCUGAUCAAGAACAAAGAGGCACUGAGUGAGAUCCUGCAGGAUUUUAAAUACGACUCGGAAGAGGCGGAAUGAGGAGGACACGGACAGCCCGGAGUUGGGAGUCGUCUGGUUUUGUUCUCUUUCUUUCCUUCUGUUGCUUUCGGAGUGUCGGGACAUUUCCCGUGUGACUUCCAGCAGUUCAACAGUAACUCUUCUUCUUGAUAAGAAGUGGAAACUUCCCCUGAGUUGUAAAUAUAAUUAUUAAUCUACGUUAAUAGUUAAAAGGCGAUAUUUUCAUGUCUUUGUUUGAUCCUGAUCAGCGGUGAACCUCUUAGAAAUGACUCUUGGCGUACUAA